UCGAAUUGGUUUUCAGUUGAGUUCGCGUCGCGUUGCGUUGAGGUUGAGUUUGAAUUCCGCAGAGAGAGUUCGCUUCCGUCGGUUUCACUUUCGUUAAAACUCGUGGCUGAGUCAAUAUGAGGCACAACCUGAGGAUGCGGCUGAUCCUUCUUCUGGGUCUGUGUGUGUUCAUCUGCAGGACCCAAGGACAACUGAUUGGAGGGGAGGAGGACGAAGAGGACGAGGAGGAGGAAGAGGAGGAGGAGAGUGUCGAGGACGAAACGCUGGAGGAGCGACUGCAGCGGAAGAACAUCAAGCAGGACUCCACACUCAGCGUGGACAAAUUAAUCUCGAAGUACGGCUACGAGGCGGAGGUGCACCACGUGACCACCGAGGACGGGUACAUCCUCACGAUGCACCGCAUCCGCAGGGAGGGCGCCCCGCCCUUCCUGCUGCAGCACGGACUGGUGGACAGCUCGGCGGGAUUUGUGGUGAUGGGUCCGAACGUAAGCCUCGCCUACUUGCUGGCCGACCACAACUACGAUGUUUGGCUGGGGAACGCGCGGGGCAAUCGCUACUCGAGGAACCACACCACCCUCGACCCGGACGAGAAGAAGUUCUGGGACUUCAGCUGGCACGAGAUCGGCGUGUACGACCUGCCCGCGAUGAUUGAUCACGUGCUGAAGGCCACCGGCUUCCCCAAGCUGCACUAUGCCGGCCACUCGCAGGGAUGCACCUCCUUCUUCGUCAUGUGCUCCAUGCGGCCCAGCUACAACGCCAAGGUGCUCUCCAUGCAGGCCCUGGCCCCCGCCGUCUACGCCAAGGAGACCGAGGACCAUCCCUACAUCAGGGCCAUCAGCCUGUACUUCAAUAGUCUGGUUGGGAGCUCCAUAAGGGAGAUGUUUAAUGGGGAGUUCCGAUUUCUGUGCCGCAUGACUGAGGAAACAGAACGCCUAUGCAUCGAGGCAGUUUUUGGAAUUGUGGGUCGCAACUGGAACGAAUUUAACAGGAAAAUGUUCCCUGUGAUCCUGGGUCAUUAUCCAGCAGGAGUGGCUGCUAAGCAAGUUAAACACUUUAUCCAGAUCAUUAAAACAGGCAGAUUUGCACCAUAUAGCUACAGUUCAAACAAGAACAUGCAGCUGUACAGGGAUCACCUGCCACCACGAUACAAUCUGAGUCAGGUGACAGUGCCCACUUUUGUUUAUUACUCCACGAACGAUCUACUCUGUCAUCCCCACGAUGUGGAGUCCAUGUGCGAUGACUUGGGCAACGUGAGUGCGAGGUACUUGGUGCCCCAGAAGGAGUUCAACCACAUGGAUUUCCUCUGGGCCAUCGAUGUGCGGAAAAUGCUCUACCGACGCAUGCUGCAGGAUCUCGGAAAACUGCCUGAGGAUUCACCAAAAGAGGCUAUUCGAUCCAGAAGAGGAGUUCGUGGCAGAUCGAUUGGAAUUUAAGUAGCUAACAAAGUUUAUUUGUGUAUUUAUUUUCAAUAAGUAUUUAUUCAACAAAUAAUUAUAGUAACUAAAAUAAUAAAAAUUUUAACCACA